CCUUGUACCUGUACAGAAUCCCAGCAAAGAAGUGGGAAAUAACCACUAUAGCUCAACAGUAGAAUGGGUCCGAAAUUGUGCUUCUUAAUUCAUUUGGCAAUAUUUGCGUGGUAUAUAUUUACGCUUUGGUCUCACUGCUCUUUACAAAGUUCAAAGGUGCAUCCUGGAAUCGCUUUAUACGGAGGUCGAUGGAAAUACUUGACUUUUAUAAACCUCGUUCUACACACAGUCUUCUUUGGAAUCUGUUUUUUGACCGACGCAAUCCAACUACUACUAGCCCCUAAAAGAGUUCCCUUGCGCCUUAUCAAAAUAAGAGAUGCUGUCUUCACUACACUGGUGUUUCCGGUUGGGAUGUUUGUGGUUAUUUCCUUCUGGUCACUGUAUACCUAUGAUCGGGAACUGGUAUAUCCCAAAUUUCUUGAUGACAUUAUUCCCACCUGGCUGAACCAUGCAUUACACACUGGGAUCCUGCCUCUGCUCCUAAUCCAGCUCUGCCUGCAGCAUCAUCAGUACCCCAGCAGGGGCAAAGGGAUCCUUGGCCUGGCUCUCUUUGAUGCUCUUUAUCUGGCCUGGGUUUUGUGGAUACACCAUGCCUCUGGGAUCUGGGUGUACCCCAUUAUGGCUAAGCUCAGCCCUGGUGGACUUGUGCUGUUCUUCGCUGGCGCUGCACUGACCAUGGCCCCCCUCUACCUGCUGGGAGAGAGGCUCAGCACUGCAUUCUGGGAAACAGAUUUCAUAAGCGUCCCGAACAGACACAGGCAUGCUCCUGAGCAGUAGGCCAGAGGCUGGGGCGGGACAGCACAGAGCAGCCUUCGGGACAGAAAAAAAAAAGAAAUAGGAGAAUCUCAAAGAAAACUGGUGGACCAGGGGUUCUUGAUCUGGAAGGACUGUAUGCAAGACUCCAGGAGACCUUUACCCAAUGAGGGAUCAUAAUUUACCAUGAGUCCAGCUGCUUUUCAGUUCAAAGUGUCAAUCCAAAUACAUUCCAUAUUUGAUAUCCUUUUACUCUGCGAUUGUUUUUAGCAAUAUUGAUUUAAUUUGUUUGAGUUCUGUAAUUGUUCCUCUAUGUGCUAUGUCCCACUGGUGGUAUUGAAAUAUAAUGAAGCAUGCACAGGAAAUUGCAUGAAAGGGAGCAAGCACCUAAUAUCCAAGAACCAUCUUCAAAAUUAGGUUUGAUAUGUUGCUCAAUAUUACCAUGUCAGAGGACAUUGUUGGUUGUCUCUAGGCAGUAGGCCUUCUCCAAAAUACGCAACCAAUGCAUUAUCUUAAAAGAAAAAUAAGCACUCACUGUACUCCUAGUAAUAGCUUUGUUUCAAAUGUAAUUCCAGUAUUUGGAGUGUGAGAAUGAACUUUAUGAUCACCAGUCGAAUCCAUCAAAAUGGAAAAAUUAAGGAUGGACACUUUGAGUAGCCUAUAAUAGUUGAGGAAUCUCUCUUUUUAAUGUUUGUUAAAGUAUGUACCAUUUUGUACAGAAGCCCUAAUAGGCCGUGGAUUCAUACAGUUUAUUUACUCCGUUUUCUCGUGAUAAUGAACUGUCUGUUUUCUCAAGAUCUCAAAUUAUUUACGCUAGUAUCACAAAAUAACAAAAUUGUUUUCGAGGUAACGGCAUAAAAGGUUACUAAUGCAAUUAUGACAUGUCCAAAUGUUAUUUAAUUAAAAUAUAUAUUUUUAAUCUC